GUCUAGAGGAAGCAGAGAACGAAAAUGGAGAGAAAGAGAGAGAGAAGAGAGAAAAGACAAAGGAAAAAAAAUAGAAAUUUUUUGCCAACGUGUUAGGAAUUAAGUGAUCUGCAUUAUUAGGCUUGAAUUCCUCAAUUUUGAAAGGAACGCCACGCUCCACCCCUAGCCCCACGUACCACCAACACGAGCCAGAUUAUAAAUGGAGUCCAGCAGAUGGAUAGCAACGGUGGCGAGCAUUUGGAUUCAAUGCAGUUGUGGUGCUUCAUACGCUUUCGGGAUAUAUUCCCCUCUCCUAAAAUCAAGCCAAGGUUAUGAUCAAUCAACGCUUGACUUGAUUUCAGUUUUCAAAGACAUCGGAGCAAAUGCUGGAAUCCUCUCCGGCCUUCUCUAUUCAGCCACCGCAGCCAACUCCUGUCACCAGUCCAGCUCAUUUUUUCGUCGGCCCUGGGUGGUCCACGCCGUCGGCGCAAUCCAAUGUUUUAUUGGGUAUUUCUUCAUGUGGCUUGCCGUCACCGGAGCUAUUCACCGGCCGCAUGUUGUGGUGAUGUGCCUUUUAAUGUACCUAGCUGCGCAUGCUCAGACAUUCUUCAAUACGGCUAACGUUGUUACGGCUGUUCAGAACUUCCCGGAGUACAGUGGUACAAUCGUCGGUCUCAUGAAGGGUUUUCUUGGUCUAAGUGGAGCAAUACUGAUACAAGUGUAUCAGACAAUAUCUAAAGGGAAGCCAAGCGCAUUCUUGUUGAUGAUGGCUCUUUUACCACCUAUUUUCUCUCUAGUUCUUAUGUGGUUUGUGAGAGUCCAUCAGGUACCUAAUAGAGAUGAGAAUGAGAAGCGAUAUUUGAAUGGUUUCUCGCUGAUAUCUGUGGCAGUCGCAGCAUAUCUUAUGUUAUUAAUAAUCUUGAGAAACGCCAUCAAUUUUUCACCAUGGGUUUACACUCUAACGCUAGUAGUUCUACUUGUUCUACUCGCUUCACCAAUUAAAUUAGCGAUUAAAGCAAAUAAAGAGGAUUUAGAGAGAUCAUCACAAACAUUCUUAAAUACCUCGUUGAUAAAGGGCUUCAUAUCGUUUAACUCAGAGAAGUCCACGGUAGAGAAUCUUGAAGAUUGUGGUGAGGUUCCAAGUGAUACAAUUUGUCACAAGCCCACUUCCGAGGAUACUUUGUAUGUUGAAGAAAUGAAUCUUUUUCAAGCCAUGCGAACAAUGAACUUUUGGUUGUUGUUUGUUGCAACGCUUUGUGGAAUGGGUUCCGGAAUGGCCACAAUAAACAAUAUCGGCCAAAUAGGAGAAUCACUCGGUUACACAUCUGUCCAGAGAAGUACAUUAGUUUCUCUAUGGAGCAUAUGGAAUUUUCUUGGGCGAUUUGGGGCUGGAUAUGUGUCCGAUAUUUUCUUGCACAGAAGAGGUUGGGCAAGGCCGUUGUUUAAUAUUCUUACUCUUGCUACCAUGGCUGCAGGGCAUAUAAUUAUUGGUUUGGGUUUUCCAGGAAAUUUGUACUUGGGUUCGGUUUUGAUUGGUGUUUGUUAUGGUUCGCAAUGGUCGUUGAUGCCCGCUAUCACGUCUGAGAUAUUCGGUGUGCUGCAUAUGGCUACUAUAUUUUACACCAUAGCUGUAGCUAGUCCGGUUGGAUCUUACAUAUUUUCUGUACGAGUGAUUGGUUAUAUAUAUGACAAAGAAUCAUCUGGUAAAGGGAAUUUGUGUAGCGGCUCUCAUUGUUUCAGGAUAUCGUUCUUCAUAUUGGCUGGUGUUAGUCUUUUUGGAUCUCUAGUUGCAUUGGUCUUGUUUAUAAAGACAAGAAGGCUCUACAAGGUUGUUGUCUUGAGACGCCUACAGAAUUCUCGAAGAGGCUGAAGAUGCAUAUAUUAGCCUACAGAAUUCAUUGAUGUGCAUGAAUUCCCUGAAGAUGCAUACGUUAGUAGCGUGUUUUGAUUUAUAUUCAUCUGAUCAAUACAAUUCUGGAAUGAUUUUUCUGUUUUUCUUUUUCUUUUCAAUAUUUUGGUUUAACAUUCCUUAGAUUGUUGUGCAUUGAUUCAAGUACUUCCUAGGGUUUUCCCUCUGAAUCAUGUAUUUAUUUUGGUAUAAUAAAGCUUUAAUUUUCUUAAUAGAAUUAA